GCUCUGGCUCUGGCUCUCGCUCGCCAGUUCUGAGUGGAUGACUUUUGCCGGCAUUGAUUGAUUAGUUUAUUGCUUGCGGAUGGACAUUGGUGAUGAAGCAGGCGUCGACGUCGAGAUGACAGAGUCAUGCUUCUGCAGGCGAGAGUUCCUGCCCUGCGGGGCUUGUAAUGGGGCAGAAGAGGAGAUUUGCUUCAUGAGUGGAGAGCACGAGGUUGGUGAUUCUUUUGUGGGCACUAAAUGCUGCGAAGGGCGGAAACGAGUGAAGAGGUGAUGGUGGUGAAGGAAAAUGUUGCUGAAUGUUUCAGAGUCGUAGAGCCGUGUGUAGUUGUGUGCGGGAGGAGAGGCGUCCGAGAGUCGAUGGCGAAGGGAAGAAGCGGCCGAGAAUAGAUGAGUUGAGUUGAGUUGAGUUGAGCCGAGUGGAGUUGAGUUUUGUGUCGAUUGUGAGGGAGCUGGAGAGUGAGCAACGGAGGGAGGGAGCGAGGGAGGGUGGCAGGGAGGACGAGGCGGUGAUGGUGUGGGGCCCGCAAGUGCGUGCUGCAAGGUGAGGGUGGUGGUGAGGAAAGGGUAGGAGGGGACAGGGAGGAGGACGAGAAAAGAGCGCCACAUUUGAGGUAACGAUCGAGUCUGGAUCGCCGGCCCGCCGGCUGCCGCUAAGGCAUCAUGCUCAGAAGCGAAGCUGUCGACAUGCGGUUGCCACAUGAACAUCUGAUUUCACCCGGGGUUUGGACGCAAGUGAAUGACCUGAAUGGGCUGUUACUCCAACUGUCCCUGCAGAGUAAGCUGGCAGUAGUGGCCCGCAUCGCUGUCUUCGGUUUUGAAAACAUGCAAAAGAGGUGAGUGGGAGCUUGUACCCUCUGGUAGUACUCGACUGGGGUAGUAGGGGGUCGUGACAAUGUUGUGCACAUGUUCACGGGAGCAGUAUCGUUUUGAGGAAGCACUCGCAACACCUCCAGAUGGUCUCGCAACAAAGGACGUCUCACAAGUGAGUGGACUCUCCUCCAAGAUAAUAGAAGGAGAAGCUAGGCUCGACGAGGGCUACAUCGAGGAAGCGGAGACGUCUCUUCGAGAAGCACUUGAGCUCAAUAAAGAGGAAGCUCGAGCUGUACAUGGCCGAUUGGAGUACCAGCGAGGCAACUUUGAAGCAGCGCUCCUCUUCUUCGAGGGAUUAGAUAUCGCCGUUCUGGUUCCACGAUUCCGAUACUUUGCCUCGGACAAGGCUCGUCAUCGUCGAUUUCGCGCACGCUCCGAGACAGCCUUGACUGCGUGUCUGCAUACUGCCAAUCUUCUCUUCGAGGCCAUAUAUCUGAAAGCCAAGUGUCUGCAGAAGUUGGGACGGUUUGAAGAAGCUGCCCAAGAGUGUAAGAGCGUGAUGGAGGUCCUUGAAUCUUCCCUUCCGCAAGGUCUACCUUCGUCAUGGUUGGCGGACAGCAAAAUUUUGGAGACCGUCGGAAAGUCUGCAGAGCUACUCCCCAAGACCUUGAUUGAAGCGGGUCAGGUUCAAGAAGCGAUCAGUGCUUACCGAAGAGUUCUACUUGGGAAUUUUAAUCUGGAAUCUCAAAACUCAGGUCGCAUUCAUAAAGACUUCGCGAUGCUCUUGCUUUAUGGUGGCGUCGAGGCGUCGGCACCAUGGUUAGGAUCACAGAAUGAGGGGGCAUUCGUGCCGAAGAACAAUAUCGAGGAGUCCAUUCUACUUUUCCUCCUCCUUUUAAGACAGUGCACUCUCAGGAUGAUACCUUGGGACCCAACUAUUAUUGAACACCUUAGCUUUGCCCUCUCUGUGUGUGGGCAGUCAGAAUUUUUGGCUCAGCAAUAUGAAAUGCUUUUGCCUGGUACUCAAAGUAGGCCGGACCGAUGGUACAACCUCGCCCUUUGUUACAGUGGAGCUUCUCAAAACGAUGUCGCUUUGAAUCUUCUGAGAAAGUCUUUGAACCCAGUAGAGAAGCCUGAUGACGUCGCGUCUCUUCUACUCGCAGCCAAGCUUUGCGCAAGGCAGGUUAAGCUUUCCAGCGAAGGUGUAGGGUACGCCGAGAGGGCUGUUGAGAAUGCCAAAGGGGAAUAUGAGCACAUGAAAGGCACUGCGCUGCAUGUACUGGGGGUUGUUUUGGGUUUGAAGGUCAAGGCAUCCUUGUCUGAUUCUGAGAGAACGAAGUUACAAGCUCAGGCUCUAAGUGCACUGCAAGAAGCUGCGUCCAUUGAAAAGGAGGACCCGAAAGUAAUUUUUGAUCUUGGAUUGGAAUGCGCGGAACAGCGAAACCUAAGUUCGGCCCUUGAUUGUGCCAAGAAAUUUAUAGAUUUGAGUAGUGGAGCAUCAGUUCAGGGAUGGAAAUUGCUAGCGCUUAUACUCUCAGCACAGCAGCGAUUUGUGGAUGCAGAGGCAGCUCUUGAUGCAGCCCUAGAAAAUACAGGGAAGUGGGAGCAGGGCGAGCUGCUUCGCUUGAAAGCAAAGAUACAAAUGGCCCAGGGCCAGUCAAUGCGUGCUGUGGAAACCUACAGGUUAUUGCUGGCACUCGUACAAGCUCAAAGAAAAAGUUUUGAGGCGGGGAGUUGGAGACAUAAGGUAGGAGAGAGUGUCGAGCAAGUAGAUGUGUGGCAGGGUCUAGCUGUGGUGUACACGUCUCUGGAGCAAUGGCGUGACGCGGAAAUCUGUCUGGAGAAAGCCCAAGGCCUGAAAGCUUCUUCCGCAGUAACAUGGCAUGCAGCUGGUGCUCUUCAUGAAGCGAGAAAUAACGUGCAAGAUGCGUUGGCUGCUUACAAUAAUGCCCUCGCCGUGGAUCCUGACCAUGUGCCUAGUAAAGUAUCUACCGGCUCUUUAUUACGACAAAGAGGUGGUAAUUCCUUGCCCGUAGCCCGAAGCUUCUUAACGGAUGCUCUUCGUUCAGAGCCCACCAAUCACCUUGCUUGGUAUAAUCUUGGAAUGCUGCAUAAAGUGGAGGGUCGAGCUCGAGAGGCUGCCGACUGCUUCCAAGCAGCGUUCCUGUUGGAGCAAUCAGCCCCUGUGGAAAAGUUCAGUUCGAUUCCUCCAGCUUUAUUCUGGUAGUGGAAACUUCAUAUCUAGCUCCAUUACGUGCAUUAAUGACACGUUAAGAAGUUUAUGAACACAGCGAGGAGUGAAAGGUGAAAUACACAAGUCCUUGCCCACAUUGGGCUAAUGAAGAUGGACAUCGAAUCUUGGGUCGUGUCCCAGGCGUCAGAGCCAUAGGGAAACGCUUUUCCAGUUCAUACGGAGGAAACGGGAUGAGAAGAAACGCGGACCUAGAGGGUGGAGGCUGCCUACUAUUACCUAGGCAGCCGGCUGCCCCACAGCAUCGCAUGAGCUUUCGGAGAGAACAAUUGCUUCAGAAUAUUCGUAGUUCCCAUAACUUAUUACCUCCAAGGUUUGUGUGUUCUGUACUGGGAAGACACCAUCUCAUCAGAGUAAAUCUCACCUCAGUACUGGAUACUUGACACUUCGGACAGACAGUGGUGAUCAGAGUCACGACCUUUGUUUGUCCCUCUGGAAAUUUGAGACAUAGGAAGAAGGGUCUAAUUGAGUCUAGAACAGACAUUUGCGGAUCUUCAGGAUCCAGUAUGGCCGUGUAGAAUAGGUUUCCCCGGCAAGCUGUGCUAUUUUCAUACCAAUAAUCUCGUCUGUCAGCACUAGGAAACCUCUUGAAUAUCUCUCGGAUAUAUACAUAUACAUAACUAUCAAGUCGCUACGUUGGUCAGUAGCUGUCCAUUUACACUGGCGACUUACACCGCCUACUUUUUCAUAAUUAGCUACCCUGUUCACGUUUUGCACAGUUACCCUAGUUGAUAGACUCUUUAAAAUGUUGUUUGGGGUACGUAAUCAUCGAGGUCAUUCUUGUGCUCAUUAAAACGUGGACAAAUCUCAUGAAGUUAAGUUGACUCUCUGACUUCAGAGUCGUUGACAUUUUGGGAUGUAGAUUUCUGUGCUCCAACUAUUGUCUUCGUUACUCGCCGAGAGAUGAGAUUAUGCUUAAAGGGCUUGACGGAAUAUUUCAGCGAAGUGUGUCCACAUAUUUCCGUAACAAUCCUUCAGCUGAUUCAUUUCCACGAUGUCUUGGUAUUUAUUUUUAGUCAAAAAUUAGACAUUU